CACAAAUUCCAGUCCCGCACAGAAGUCUCUCUUGGACCUCAUUUAAAACCUACAUUCUGCUCACACACACAAAGCAAGCUCUCCCUCUCAUAAGCUUGUUAUCCUCUCUUUCUCUCUUGAAGAGAGGGAAGAGAUAAUGGAAGUUAUGAGGCAGCUUGCUGUCCUCCUGACUGUUGUGGUGGUGAUAACAACAAUCACAACCAUAUCAGAGGGGGCUAUCCCAACGAACACAUUGAAAAAAGUUCUGAUGGUGAACAACAAGGGCCCUUUUUUGGGCCUUGUGGUGCCGAAUUCCUUUGAGAUGAACCCUCUCCUACAGUCUUCCCAAUUUGUCCAGAGCAAGGAGCUGCCAUACUUGGAUUUUGGAGGGAGAAGGUUCCGAUUUGGAAAGGUAGGGGAGCAAAAGGUGAUCAUUGUCAUGACGGGAUUAAGCAUGCUUAAUGCCGGCAUAACCACUCAGCUGCUAUUGGCUCUAUUUGAUGUGAAGGGAGUGGUGCAUUUCGGAAUCGCUGGAAAUGCUAAUUCCGACCUCCAGAUCGGAGACGUGACAAUUCCCAAGCGAUGGGCUCACACAGGCCUCUGGAAUUGGCAGAGAUAUGGAGAUGGGCCUAAUGAUGAGCUAGCCUUCGAAUCCAGUGGUGACUAUACAAGGAAAAUUGGAUAUCUUAACUUUUCAGAUUUCGACAUAAAUAAAAAUAAAAAUUUUGGGAAUUAUUUGAACAGUGUGUGGUACCAGCCAGAGGAAGUCUUUCCAGUAAGUGGAGUUCCUGAAGUUAGAAAGCAUGCCUUUUGGGUUUCUGUUGACCAGCAUUACUUUGCACUCUCAAAGAAAUUAGAGGGCAUGAAUCUCACAAGGUGCGUUAACUCCACAACUUGUCUAAAAAGGAGCCCUGUUGUGAAAAGAGUCGAAGGGGGUUGCAGUGCUAGCAUCUUCAUUGAUAACGCAGCGUAUAGCCAGUUUCUGAGAUCCAAAUUUAAUGUGACUCCAGUUGACAUGGAGACUGCUGCAGUUGCACUCAUUUGCCUCGAACAAGAAGUUCCUUUCAUAGCUAUUAGAGCUCUCUCUGAUUUGGCUGGCCGUGGCUCUUCCAAGUCCAAUGAAGCUUCUAUUUUCGGUUCCUUGGCAGCACAAAAUGCUGUUAGUGUUGUCACAAAAUUCAUAUCCUUGUUGGCCUAGAGCUGUAUUUCAAUAUCACUAUAGACUGAAUUGAUCCAAUAAAUUUUCAUGAUAUGCUUAGCUCUUUUA